UUAGUAGGCCCUGAGUUUGGCUAAAAUUUAGUGUGUAUCUUCAAAUUAGACUUGAGUUUAAGGCAUGACUUGCGAGUUGUGAGUUGCACGCAGCGAAGGAGUGCAAUAUGUUGGCCUAUCUGUUGUCUCUGGGAUGGCUCUUGGCCCAGCUCAUCCUUCCACCCGCAAUGGGCUUGUCGGAGCAGUUCGAGUCGGUCAACUGCUCCAAUCCCUUCACCGAACUGACCUCCUGCGGCCGCAUCAGCCCAAACGGAUGCUGUGCCAAGGGAUGUGUGAGGAAUCUCCGCGGAAGAUGUGUCCCCGAGCAGUGCACUACUUCGUGGAAUGCCUGGCUCCGAAAACCGGUAACUAUGAGCUGCUAUUUCCACUGGUUCCUGGUGAUCUUCGCCGGAAUCAUCACCGCCGUGAUGAUGGGCCUUGUGGUAUGCAAUGUGGGUUUUGAAAUAAGGCGACACCUCCGCCAGCGAAGAAUCCAGCGGUUCAGGCGCUUCAGGGAUUUGAGUGGAGUCUCCAUCGGAUCCACUCAGUGCUAGGACACGUGUGAGCAGCCAGGAACUUAAGUAUAUGGGACUGGGUCUGGCACUGGGACUGGGACAGGAAGUGCCCGAGGGAUUUACCAUAAUCUGCAAUACAUUAGCGGCAGCUUUGCUCUGGAUUCCAAUUCAAUUCUUUGGGUAUCUUAGGCCAAAGCCAUGUAAAUUACGAUUCGCCACCUCGGAAAUCCUAUUAGUAGUUAAAACCUGAUUAGGAAAUACUUGCGGCUGGCUUGGGUUCACAUUCGACAUCGGCAUUGGCAUUGGCAACUCGGGUUCGUUGAAAGCAAAUAAUAAUAAAUGGCUCACAUGCGAAAUGCUUUGUGGAUGCCCUCCAGGGUGACAGCUCCAGUCGAAGGUGGAGCUUGGCAUUCAGAUGGCGAUGGAGUCGAGUCAAAGGUGCAAUAACCCAACCGAACGGGCCACAUAAAACUAAAUGGCUGCUGGUUGCGUUGCGCUGGCACUCCCCAAACCGCCACAGAAACCCCAUCUACGAACCCUACGAAUCCACUAGCUAUUGCGGUGGUGAUAACACCCAUAAGGGUACACUAGAGGUCAGACAGAGAGGAGCUUAGCUGAAAUUAUACA